CUGUGUACAGAAUGUAACCCAGGGUAACUACGGGAAGUCUCGCGUGAUUUCCAUGCCUGUUGAGAAGGGUUGAUGCGAGGAAAAGUGGAAAAUCGAAUGAUUGAUGCAUUUGUUAAACGGAUAGUUAACUAUGUUGCGGUCACCGUUCGCAAGGUAUUAUACCAAACCCUAUCAAAAUAGCAGGAUUUCAUUUUACAGCUUGCAUUUUGCUCUUGUGCAUAAGGCAUAAAACGGCCCGAGUGUUAAGUGAUACGGUUCAAUUUUCGCUGGCUAAUUUGGCUAGCUUAACGAUAGCUGGUUAGCUUUGUUUACAUCGAGUGCGCGCCUGGGAUCUGUUAGCUAAUUGCUCACAAAACAAAUUUGUGAUCUUAGCAGGGGCUUAUCGAUCAUAUCGACAUCGACUACUAGACGGUAUCUGAUAUUAAAUGGGCUCCACGGCUAACAUCGAACAUCUCUCGUGUAACGUUUGGCUGGUGUCGUAACCUAACGCUAGCUAUACAAUGCUAACCUUUUGAUCAUGGAUCGUGGGAUCAUUUGAUUCACUGCUGGCUGUUGAACAGCGUUAGGGAUAAUGUAAAUAAUUAUAACCUAUAGUAUAAUUGGUCCGAAUUAACAGAAACUUUAACUGAUCUGAAACAUAUGGUUGGUCAUUUCAUCUUUCCUCCAUCCACCCUGAGACUUGGCUAUCUAUAGCUCCGUUGCUGCGAGUGCCUGGACAUUUUUCCGGGCCGUGUUUUCCUGAGGCUUCGGAGUACACCGCUAUGAACCCCGUUAAUGCAACUGCUCUGUACGUGUCCGCCAGCCGGGCCGUGCUGAAGUGUGACCCGCGGCAGCCUCACACCUUCACUGAGAUGUACAGCCUCCUGCACUUCUUCAGAGAGUCCCUCGCAUGCCGUGUCUGUGGUAAACUACUGCAGGAUCCCAUUUCCCCAACACAUCCAGAGUGUCAGCAUUAUGUCUGUUUGGGCUGUAAAGGCCAGAAAAUGCAGAUCAGACCAUCAUGCAGCCGAUGUAAGGACUAUUCCUGCUUCCAGGAGAACAAACAGCUCUCUCUGCUGGUUCAGUGUUACAGGAAGCUGUGUCUGUAUGUAACUCACUCACCGUUGCUGCAGUCAAUCAGCAACCAUGUUGGAGGGUCUCCAGAGGUUAUGACCUUGCUAGAGGAGGUGCUAAUGUCACAUGAAGAGGAGAUAGAGACUAGGAAUCUAAGCCUAGCACAGGAGGAUGAGAAUUCUUCUGAGUCCCUUACCACCACAGAGGCACCACCUGCUCCUGCAGAGCUCUCUGCUGUACCCCAGAACUCCUCUGACCCUCCCUGUUCCAAUGGGCCACAGGAAUGCAACGGAGAAGUGCUGGAGGACCCGAAUCCUUCUUCUCCUGAGCUCGAAGUAUGUGAGCUUGUAGAGGAGCAGCCACAGGCAGGUUUGUCUCUGUCCAGUACUGGUUGUGGUGAUCUAGAACUGAAUCUCACCACAGGUUCUUUAGCCCCAACUCCAGGCACUGUGUGCUCACUCAGGGAUGGGGAAGCUAGCAGCAGGGGACUGGAGGAGGGGGAGGUAUUCCUUCUCAGCGUGGAGGAAGUGUUACAGACUUUGGAUCCCCUUCGGCCUGGUCGUGAUUCUCCUCACACACAGCCAGACAGGACACACACCCACAUAGCCACGGACAGUGCACACGCUCACAUGUACAUACAGCUGGACACAGGUCACAACUACACACAGAUUCAAACAAACAGGACUAACACAAUGGCAAGCCAUGGUGCUCACAUACACUCAUUCUCCUCUGAUCCUCCUCCAACCCCCAAACCCCUGCCAGUCCGCCUUAACCGUAAACGAUCUCAUUCAGAGAGUGACAGGGAGAAGGUGAAACCCCUCCCUAUCGCCUCCAUCCUGCAGGACUCAUCUUCUCAUUCACGUACUCCAAACCGCUCUCAUGCUCUUCACACGCAACCACCCACACCCUCCUUAACUAUACCAGCACACACAUAUUCAUCCCUUCACAAUGGGGCGCCUCCUAAGCCCAACCGCCCUACACCUAACCACAAUAAAGGUGCCAGAAAGCAUGUUGAUUUGGGCCCUAAGAAGCCACAUGCCAAGGCCCGCAGUGGUGGAGGCUCUAAGACCAAGGACAGAAACAAAGACCCACGGUUGAUGUCAGGCUGCCUGGUGCCUCCAGCACCCGUCAGGCCUCCCUAUAAGAAGCCAGUGGAGAAGAAGGGCUGUAAGUGUGGAAGGGCCACCCAGAAUCCCUCUGUGCUGACCUGCAGGGGGCAACGCUGUCCCUGUUACUCAAACCGCAAGGCGUGUUUGGAUUGUAUCUGUCGAGGUUGUCAGAACUCCUACAUGGCCAACGGCGAGAAGAAGCUCGAGGCCUUCGCCGUGCCAGAGAAAGCCUUGGAGCAGACACGGCUCACACUCGGCAUCAACCUCACCAGCAUUACAGCGGCUGCGGCGCUCCGCAACCCAACAACCACCAGCAUCCGCGCUAACACGCUCCUCAAUGUUGCCACAGCAACAGGGACCCCCGUAACCACAACCUUUCUGUCUCCCAGCUCUUCACAAGAGCCCAACUAUGAGGACUGGAGCUGCUGAUUGGACAAAAAGGCUGGAACUCCAAAAACAGACAGCUGAGUGCUGAUUGAAUGUGAUGGCUGAUCAUUGUGUGUCUGACAACCUGUACCUCCUCCCCCCCCCAGAGGGGAGGCAACCUAUGGCAGCUAUGGGUCUGUCCUGUCCUGUAACCUGCUUGGAAAAUGCUGAGUACUAAGACUAGCAUGGGUGUGCCAAAGCCUUCUGUAUUGUGCCUGUGUGCCCGUGAGUAUUGUUGCCUGUUUGUAGUUAAACACUUAUACUAAGUUCCACAACUGGUCUGUACUUCAGAGGUGCUUUUUGUUCACAGACAUACAGUAAGAGGCAAUACAAACACGCACCAGGUUUUGUUUUUCUUUAGUGUGCACCCAAUUAAGUAUAUUUGUGUCCGCAUAAUGGAAACAAAAGCUGCAUCAGCAUAUUUCACUCACUUGUCAAAGCGUUUUCCAUGUUUUAGUAUUAUUCCGUGUAUGUUUAAGAAAAGGAUAAUUGGUAUCAGGACGGCCCUUACUAAUCCUUAACUCUGUAUGUGUUCACACCGUAAUUGUGAAUGACUCUUGUGACUAAUCAGUGAAGAACUGCUCUCACACACGACUGUAUGCCUUUUCUAUCUCAUUAACUCUCUCAACCCAAGUACUGUCAGCUGUUAAUAAAUUUGUCUUAAUGAACUUGACUGAUGCAGGCAUUGUACAGGCAGCAAGGUAAUGUCAAAGCACUUGGCUGGCUCCACGGUUUUUCUGUAUAUGUGUGUGUGUGUGUGUGUGUGUGUGUGUGUGUGCCUGCUGAGAUUUACUGUAAUGUCAGUGGGGAGGUGGAUGGUGGGUUGUAAGCACUUAGUCUGAUUGGCCAAAUUACAACUUUAACCAUUGGUUACCAUAGCAAUAGGAGCACCACAAGGAGCCCCCCCAGCUCUCGUGCGCACACGCAGUUGUUUACAGUAUUGCCAUUCAUAGACUAUAGCAGACUUUCUUCUCUAAUAUUACACAGUUACCUUUUAACUAUGGAAUUGUACAUUACUCUGUGUUUUUAGAUAAACUGAAGCCAUAGGUUGUCAUUAACACAACAAAAUAUCCACUGGGUGUGCGUUUUUCCUACAGUUGUAGUGUCCUGACUGGUUAGAGACCAACUCAGAGACUAUUUUUGAUACUAAGUGUUUGAAAUUUGGUACCACUGUCUGUUUUGUGUGUGUGUGUGUGUGUGUGUGUGUGUGUGCGUGUGUGUGUGGUUUGAUUAAAGCACCUUGAAGCCCUCCUAUAACCCAAGAGGCUUUGUAUUGUUUGUGUUUGUGUUUACUGUCUCAGCUAUACCUACAACAUGUUUGUCAGUCCAGUCAUGGUGACCAAAAAGAGACUGAAGGGGAGAGAGGACUCAGGCAGACCAAACAAACACCUUGGUUGUCGACUCAGACCAGGGAGUAGCAGGUGGAUUAAAGUAUGAUCAGAAAAUAUGAUCUAUCUUCCUGUGUGUGUGUGUGUGUGUGUGUGUGUGUGUAUGUUUCAAAAUGUGUUUCUUUUGGGCAUUACUUGAACCCUGAUUAGUUUAUUUUGUUUGUUUUUUUUAUGUAAAAACUCUUUAUUUGAGGAGUGACCCUUGUUAUUGCUGAAACAUUCACUGCCAUAAUAUGGAAAACAGGUAAUACAACAUGAAUUAAAUGAUAGUUUUUUACUUUUUCAGUUUUGUGUCUUUUUGCGUACAGGGGAUAUCUGACUGAAGUGUACUUAAACUGUCACAGAUGGGUUUCCAUACAGUGGAUCCUAUGUAGAUUGAGAUUUGUUGUUGAGGAAGAAUGUGGAAAAUGGAGUGUUACUGUUUACACUGAUAAAUGUAAUAGUUUUAUACUGCACAUUCAUUUAUUUUACAUUAAACGCAGUGCUAGAGAGAAAAAUCUGGAAAUAACGGUCCAGUGAAUGCUAGUUGUCAUGCCUCACCUCCAUUAUCACACGUUAUAUAGGAUUCAGUAUUCACUGGCUGGGAACCACAAAUAUUCAUGGCAGUUCGUCAUAACUUGUUGAGAUAUUGUCAUCUGUUCAGCUAACUGCUAACAUGGCCAUUAGGUCAUGAACUUUGUGGGAUAGUUUGUUCUUUCACUCUAUUAUUAUUAUUGACACAUGGGAAGUAUGAACCUGUU